GGCGGGCGGCUCGCGGAGAUGUACGGCACAAAGCGGGUGUUCGGGGGCGCCAUCCUUGUGGGUGGCUUGCUAGACCUCCUCACGCCCGUGGCCGCCCGCAUCCACUUCGGCGUCCUCAUCGGUCUCAGGACGCUUAUAGGACUCUCACAUGGUAUGGUAUAUCCCGCCCUCAACGUCAUGGUAGCCAAGUGGAUUCCGCCCCUUGAGAGACCGAGGUUCAUCUCCUUCACAUAUAUGGCCAACUGCCUGGGCACCAUCGUAGCACUACCGAUGUGUGGGCUGAUCAUCGCCGAAGUGGGCUGGCCGACGGUCUUCUACGUGAGUGGUUCCAUGUCCCUGGUGUGGGUCGUGUUCUGGAUGACGCUGAUGCACGACACGCCCGAGGAACACCCCAGGAUAUCGCCGGAGGAACGAGAGUAUAUUGUCAAUGCUGUGCAGGCGGGGACAAACGCACGCAACAAGCCCACGAAAACACCUUGGAAGAGCUUUAUGCUGAGCGUGCCGCUGUGGGCCACCAAUCUGGCUCACGUGGGAAGCAUGUUUGGCUUCAAUCUGCUCCUAACACAGCUUCCUACGUACAUGAGUUCGGUUCUAGGAUUCUCCAUCAGGAGUAACGGAUUCCUCUCGUCGCUGCCUUUCCUCACGCAGUUCCUCGCCAGCGUGUCCUGCGGUGUCCUCGGAGACUGGCUACUCACGCGCGAGUACAUUACCGUGUCUACUUCUCGAAAGAUGUUUGCCUUCGUGUCUCACAUCAUGACGGCCAUUGUGCUAGUGACAGUCGGCUACGUGGGAUGCAACGCCGCGCUUGCUGUUGCACUUUUCCCAGUUGCAACCGCUUUCUCGGGUGCUUACUGUUCAGGUCACAUGCCCAACCACCUUGACCUCUCUCCGAACUUUGCAGGGACCAUUCUGGGAGUCGGCAACAGUCUCGCAUUCAUGGUCUCUAUGUGUGUGCCCGUUAUUGUUGGUGCCAUGACACCUGAUCAGAGCCUACAACAGUGGCAAUCGGUGUUCUGGGUGACAGCAGCUGUCUACGCCGCCACGUGGAUAAUCUUCGCCACCUUCGCGUCGACUGAAAUCCAACCUUGGAAUUUCGCCGAAGAGGACGAGAAAACCGAUAUGGAGUCGCAGAAAUUCUUGGAAGCCGAGAAAAAAGUCGAGAUCGUAAAAAAUGGAAAUGCCGAUACGAAGGAAGUUUCUUGAAUGAGGGUGUAAUAGUUAAAGACUUAUAAAUGUGAUGGAUAUCAAAGUCAUGUUGCAUUUUAGCGGUUGGUAGAUUAGAUGUGGAAAACUAAAAAAAUGUGUAAUGGUUGGUACAUCAAUAUCUUCAUAAAGGGGGUGUUUUUGUAGCCGUUAUCGUUGAAAGAAAUUGUCCAUUCUUUUUUGGUGUGCAUUAAGAUCGAAAACAUUGGGUCUAUUGAAAGGUUUUGUAGCAAGAGUGAUAUCUCGACCCUUUACAAAGAUAAGAAUCCAGUGUUUCAAAAAUUGUCUCAUCUUCCAAACCCCGUUUUAGUAUGCGUUUGUCUACUAAUUUAUUUGUGUUAUUCGGUGUUUGUGUUAUUGGGUAUUCUCCUUUUGAAAAUAUACCAAUUCAAAAUAUUUUUUUCCAAGAUUGAUGUAAAUAAUUAUACUUGUACCAAUAUUCAUUGUAGUAAUAUUUAAUUGAAAGGCGUCAUGCAUCACUGCCUAGUCAGAAUCUCUACUGGAGCUUACAUAAUUUAACAUGGUUUCAUUAACAACUGACUUGGAAUUUAAGCAAUGUCUCUUUGUAUCUUUCACUUUCUAUGUUGUUAUUAUUAUAUAUAAUGAUAUAAUGUAAUAUUUUCGUAUUUGCCUACAAUAAAAUGUCAGUGUAUAA